AUGGAGCAGGACUUAGAAGUGUUUCAGGAACAAGCUGUUGCUAAAACUUCUCCAUGUGAAUCUGAACUUCAGGAAUUAGUGCAUCAAAUUGACAUCAUGGUAAACAGAAAGAAAGUAGAAUGGGAAAGGAAGAUGAAAGCUUUAGAAGCAAAGAUGGAUAUCCAGGAUCAAGAAUUAGCAAGUGCCCAAAUCAAACUGGAUCAAAAAGGUCAAGAGGUGGGACUACUUCGACAGAAACUAGAAGACUUACAGAAAACUAAAUAUGAAAUGGCUCAGAAUUAUGAAACUCACCUUCAAGCACUGAAAUCUCAAUUUUCAAAGUUGGCACAUAGUUACAAAAAGCUGCAGUCACAUCAGUUAAAACAAAAAGAGGUUGAAAGUAGAGAAAAAUGUGACGAAAGCCUAGAGACAGCAUCUGAACUAAGCAAUUUAUACAAGAAACUGGAGGAAUUUAAGGCAAAAUCAAAAGAAUGGGACAAGAAGGGGACAAUCUGCCAAAAUCAUCUCAUUUAUUUAGAUGCUCAACAAAAAUUACUGUCCGAAAAAUGUAAUUUAUUUCAGCAGACCCAGAAUUAUCAAGUCCAAAUAAGCAAUAAGAAACAAAACCAAGAGGAGGUAAUUACCUAUGGCCAGCCCGAAAGUGAAAAGGAUGAGUUGAUUAUUGAAAAACUAAAGGCAACUGCGAAUGAAAUAGCAAUAAACAAGAAUAAACUAGAAGAGGAAAAUCUGAAACUCCGGGAGGAUCUAAAAAUGUACCAAAACCAAUGUCAGAACAUGGAGGCAAGCUUUUCAGAAAUGAGAAAUGAGCUGCAGUCACGGGAUGCUCUCUGGAGAAGGAUACAAAUGGAAUGCAAACAGUUGCAUACAGAAUUAUUGAAAAUCAGAGAGUAUAAAGAUAUGCAGGAAAUUCAAAUAAAGCAUCAAUCAUCUUGUGUACAACUUACUGAGCAACUAGAAAAUAAAAACACUGAGUUAUUACUAUUAGCACAAAGUCAAGAACACCAACGAGAAGAGCUAAACAAGAUAAGAAACCAUGUUUAUCAAGAGGAGCAGUACCAUCGCUCUGAGCAGGAAAGAAUGAAGACAGAAAUCUCUGACCUGACAGAAGAGCUUCAUCAGAAGGAGAUCACUAUAGCAACUAUCAUGGAGAAAGCUAGUCUUCUGGAAAGACAGUUAAAAAUGGAGUUAGAGAUAAAAGAGAAAUUGUUAACUAAACAACAGCUGUUGGAUUUCCAGUACAAAGUUAUCAAAUCUGAAAACACACAUCUAAAAGAGAUGGUGGAAAACCAGGAGUGUAAAAGUUGCACGAGUAUAGAUUUAUCUAACAAAGAACAUGGAAAUUUCACAGCUUCCAUUCACAAACUGGAACAUGAGAAUGUAAGAUUACAAAAUAGUCUUGUUAAACUACAAAAUGACACAGAAACAUCAAUACUUGGUCACAUGGAUACAUAUGGAGAAACAGAGCACAGCUACCAAACCCAUUCAGAGAUGCAAGAAAAGGAAGAGAGAAGUCACGAAAAGAAAAUAGAUUAUAAAUCCCCAUCAUCACCAAUGGGGUAUCCUUCGGGCUUUGGUGGGACGUUUCCUGAAAAGAGCAGAACAGGCAGCUUACUGAGCCCUGCUUACAAUGCAGAAGAAAUCAAAUUAUCA